ACCCCCACCCCCGUCCACUGCUGUCUUUGGACAUCCCUAAAUCCGGUCUGCAGUCCUUCGGGCCUGACGUCAUUGCUUCCGCAAGGCCCCCUCCCUCUACUCUCCCCUUCACCUCUAGUGUCGGCAGCGUUGGCUUCUGCCUACAGAAUCCAACAUGGAGUAACUAGAGAUGGGGCUCGUACGGGGCCAUCCUCACCGACAUCAACGCACGAUUUCAAUUACCGCAUUUCAGCACGGGGCGCGACAGGAUUAAAUCGGUGGAGGUAUUCCAGAAGGAUUUACACUCUCGUGGAUGCGCUCGAAUAAUCGUAGUGAAGCGCUGCGAGACGAAGAGAGGCGAAAAAGAACGCAAACACAGGAAAAAAACACACGGAAAACUCGACUGCUACAGCGUGUGAACGAGGUGUGUUGGACGAGAAGGGCAAGACAAAAAUGAAGACACCACACCAUGUAACCUCGGUCGGAUAUUAUCGUAGGUGAAACUAAAAAAAUGACAGAGGAAACACACCCAGACGAUGACAGCUACAUUGUGCGCGUCAAAGCAGUGGUCAUGACCCGGGACGACUCGAGUGGCGGCUGGCUGGCCCAGGACGGGGGGUGCCUUAGCCGAGUGGGCGUGUGCAAGGUGUUGUCAACCGAGCUGCUGGGUCGAAGCAGCUUCCUCAUCUACGGAGAGCGCCUUAAAGACAAACAGGUGAUUCUGGAAUGCUUUCUGAAGAAGGAUCUGGUGUAUACCAAGGCCACACCCACAUUUCACCACUGGAAAGUGGACAACAAGAAGUGUGGCUUGACGUUCCAGAGCCCGGCUGAUGCACGCGCCUUUGACCGCGGUGUCAGGAAAGCCAUGGAGGACCUGACUGAAGGUACGGGAGGGAAAGGCGAGGACUACGACAGCUGUAUCUCAAUUCUGUUGGAUGGAUCUACGACCUCUUCUUCAACCAUACAAAACGAGGCAGAAUUAGGUGAUGAUGACGUUUUCACAAACGCCACUGACAGCUCAUCCAACUCAUCCCAGAAGAAGGAGCCAAUCCCUCCGCCCCUCCAGCUGGCGACCCUGGCCCCGCCCAGCUUCUGCGAGCCCCGCCGGCACCAUUGCAUUCUGGGCCACUUCUAUGACCAGCACCGACCCUCGGACCACUACUUCCUGGAUCAGUCAGGGCCCAUAUUUCCACGCCACGUCAGCUUUCAGGUGGAGGAGGAAGAGAUUGUUCGCAUCAAUCCCCGCGAGCGGACCUGGCUGACGGGCUACGAGGACUACCGACACGCCACCGCCACUCGCGACAAGCUCAUCCAGCAGCCUGAGGAUGGCGACACUUAUGUGCACUUCGCAAAGAGAGAGCCUCCCAAACACGACUACACCUACCCUUACCCCUUAGGCCUUGACCCACACUCACGGGACCCCAAGAUGGGCUGCAUAGGACGACUGGGCGGGGGCGGUGGCCUCAGCGGUGGACAACGAGCGGUGGUCACGGCCCAGCCUCGCGCCCUCCAUCCCAAGGGCAAGCGGCGGAAGGAGGACGGCGAGCGCUCACGCUGCGUCUACUGCCGGGACAUGUUCAACCACGAGGAGAACGGGCGUGGGCGCUGCCAGGAGGCACCGGACCCCAUCCAGACGUGCAUCCACCGGGUCAGCUUCAUGUGGUGCGCGGACAGCCUGCUCUACCACUGCAUGUCGGACCCGGAGGGCGACUACACAGACCCGUGCUCGUGCGACACCAGCGACGAGCGCUUCUGCCUGCGAUGGCUGGCCUUGGUGGGUUUGUCGCUGCUGGCCCCCUGCAUGUGCUGCUACGCCCCCUUGCGCGCCUGCUACCGCUGCGGGGUGGCCUGCCACUGCUGCGGAGGCAAGCACAAAGCCGUGGGCUGAGGGCACCGCCAUGCAGCCUUUUCUGGCAGGCGGUGGGGUGACGACUAGAACAAAGACACAUGGAAUUGACCGGAAAAGGGUGGCCCCCGUUAUUGUUUUGUUUCUGUUGUUGUUGUUGUUGCGUCUCUCUGCCAAGUCCCAGACAGGAAAACAAUUGGCUCUCCUGAUUUUUAUUGUAUUUUUCUAAAUCAUGGUCUUUCUCUGUGAAAAGAAAGGUUAAAAAAAGUUCCCUGUUGUUUUCCCAUUCAUUGUUUUAUUGUGUGUGUGUGGGGGGUACCCAACCUACGGCUUCCAUCUCUUGCAUUACAAAGACUAGAACGAUGAAUAUUCAUUUAUAAAUAUAUAUAAACAGGUACUUUUAUAUUUUUACACUCAUGUGUUUUAAAGGCUUGAAUAUUUUUCUUUCAGUGUUUUGUGCAAGAGGUCCGUGUGAGAGUUGUUCUCUGAAGGUGGUGUGGUGGUGGUGGUGGGUGGGGGGGGUGGCGUCCUCUUACUCAAUGUUCUCUCACUACUAAUCCAAGAUCAAGCUUGUUCCAUUCUGUAAACCAGAGGCACUUAAAUCAACAUUGUGUUCUAAACAGCACUGUAUUCCCACAGAGCAUUUCUUAUUGCCAGAGCAUAGUCGAAAGGAGGGCACUAUAUCGGGAAUAGAGGGCCAUUUGGGAUACGCAGCAACUGUGAUCACAUUAGCCCUUCCCCAGCCAAUGAAACAAAAGCGAAGCCAAACUUUGACCUGAAACCAAUGUUUCCUCAUUCUGCCCUUGACCUGGCCUCGUUCCUGGUCUGCACUGUCUUGUCAACUCUCUUGCGGUUGUCUGUGACUACAGCAGUUGGCUAAUCCAGGGUAGUCGCACCUUGGACGAGGCUACUCUUGAGCUUAAAGCUUGUUGUUAAAACAAAUGAUACUUUAUGAACAUCAAUGCAAACAAACCUGAUAAGGCCAUGACAAUGGCAUUCUACCACUCAAGACAAAUUAGACUGAAUACAUUGUAUGGUGGAUUUGGCCCAGAAUAAAAGAUGAAAUUGGUCAGUAGUGCUUAAGGAUCAGAUAGGGAAACUCUGCUUUAGACACAAUCUACAGGAUAGGUGUCUACUUGUGGGUGUGUGCAAGUGUUUGACUUUGUGCAAAGGUCUGGAAAACAAAAUGGGCAAAAAUUUAUAUCUAAUUACUAUUGUUGUGAAUCUAACUAAAAGCCAAAAUGACAAAAUAAGCUGAAGCCUUUACAUAGAGAAUCUUUAAAUUGCUUAUUUGAUAGAAAAUUUUAAUAUGAUAAUGCUUAGUCAACCUUUUUCUUACGGUGAAGGAGAACAACGCAAGCCUUCGCUGACUUUUCAUUUAGUUAAUGUACUAUGUCAUGUUUUGAUAAAUCUUUUGAUAAAGUUUUUUUUUAAUUUAUUUUCCUUGCUAAAUUUAGACCCCAGUCUAAGAGGAAUGGGUGGCAAGGAGGAGCUGAUCAGUCCCAUUGAAAACUAAACACAGCCAGGAGGGAGAAGAGGGUGUUUUUAUUUUGUUUGCGUUAUGAGAUAGAUGAGAUCAUUGUCCAGUCUACUCUCAUUGUCAGUGGUGCUUUCUUUUGCAAUUACUUUUCUUUUGUCUUUUAAAAUGAUGCUAAAUGUUGUCAGAGAAUCUAAAGAUGUUUGCUAAAUUUUGGCUUGAGAGAGUGCGGGUCAAACCAUUUGAACCCAAUUGCUCAUGUUUACCAAAACACACAGUUGCUCCCCAAGGCUGAAGAUGGAAGACAUUCUUCUGAAGUCCAAUAACGCCCACUUCCUGGUCUUUUACUCACAAUUGCGUUACAGCUAAUGGCAAGAGAGAAUGCUAAUGUUUGUUAGCCAGUCUAAUCGUGCAGGUGGUAUGAAAGAAAAUGAACGGUAUAGUAUGCGUGUGUAUAUAUGUGGAUGGAUGAAUGCAUGUAUGUGGAUGGAUGGACUGAUGGUAUGUACUGAAACAAAAACCAGCCUCAAAUUGAAACCACCCUGUAACCUUAAAGGUUUAAACUUUCUAUGUAUGAAGCACAACACUAAUCAGAAAACCUAAUGAACAAUGUGUGAAUUGCUAUGAGAAGUGCCCGAUCUUGAGUCACAUCGACAUGGUAAAAAGGCAUCUUAUGUUAUAUAUCCCAGUCACACAUUACCUAAUUGUCGUAAUCAUUUGAGUACCAAGCAACGUCUGGGGUUCUAUAGGUGACUACCAUGGGAACAAGGGUUGCAGGUUCUGUUCAAAAGCUGCUGUUGUGUCCAUGUCUUUGUCUUUCCUAUCUUUCUCUCAAACUCCUUCCUUCCCUAUUUCUGGUGUGUGUCUCUGUCAGCUUUGCAAUACUGUUGCCAUUCAUUGUAGAGAAGAUCCAAGUUUUAUUUUUCUAUCUGUGGUAAAAGAAAAGUUAACCAAAAACAGUUUGUCUGUUUGGUGCAGUGUCUAGUUCCUGCACACAUUUAACUAUUAAAGGAAAGUGCCUGAA